ACUGGUAAAAGCGAACAUUAAGCGAUACUCCAAUAACAAUUAAUAUUUGCUGAAAAAUUUGUAAAUAAAACAGGAUUUAAGCAAUACACUUUCUACACGCUAGCAAGACAAGAAGUGAAGAAACCGAAGAGGUAGUAGCGUGAAGCGUGGUCUUACUCAUCAGCGAAUGCUGAAUUUCUUCUUGCAAAAAGUAGGUUAGGAGAAAGUUUGCUUCUUAUUAUAAACAUAGCAGUGGAUUUAGUCACACUUUAACCGCUGCGGUGUGCGCUGUGUACAUAACAUACUCGACAUUCAAUUAAAAACGAUUUGAAACAUGGGCUUAGGAGGUAAACAAGAAGCAGAAUAUACAUUCACCUUACCUGAACAAGACAAAAAAAUUGCUUUAGAGGAGCUAAGAGAAGAUGACAAUAUUAGAGAACAAUCUUUGGAGCAAAUGCGAGAAUGGAUUGAUAAGCAUCCCGCGAUAAAAAAAUGUAGAACAGAUGCUCCAUUUUUGCUAAGAUUCCUUCGUACCAAAAAAUUUAGUGUACCAUUAGCUUGUGAAAUGGUCGAACGCUACCUCACAAUAAGACAAAUUUAUCCCAAUUGGUUCCGUAAUUUGGACUGCGAGGAUCCAGAUUUAGCAGAAAUAAUCAAUGCUGGGUAUUUGGUGCCCCUGUUAGAAAGAGAUAACGGACGAUGCGUUUUAUUUAGCUGUGCCGCUAAUUUUGAUCCUCACAAGUAUACAUCAGCACAUAUGAUUCGUCUCCAUAGUAUGGUAACGGAGUCACUAAUGGAUGAUGAAAUGAACCAAAUACAUGGAUAUACUUAUGUGAAUGAUGAGGGUGGUUUUAGUAUGGCACACAUCUCACUGUGGAGUCUCCGUGAUAUCAGAAACAUUGUUAGAUGCGUCCAGAAUACAACUCCAAUGAGACACAAGGGUAACCAUUUUUUAAACAUGAACAGCAGUGCUGCGAAGUUGUUUGAAUACUCUUCACCAUUACUUAGUGAAAAAUUGAGAAAUAGGCUUCAUGUCUAUAAAAAUGCGGAUGAAAUUUUCGAACAAAUCGAUAAAAAAAUCUUACCAAAAGAAUACGGCGGGGAAGUACCCCUGCAGGAAAUGGUUAAAAAAUUCCAAGAUUUCUUAAAAACAAAACGAGAAUCACUUUUGGCAUUGGAUGAUCUUUAUAUAGAAAUCGAUGAAAAGAAUUGCCCUUUGGUAUCUGAAAUGAACGAAGAACUAGGAAUGGGUAUAGAAGGCUCUUUCAAGAAACUCACUGUUGAUUGAAUAUAUAAUUUGAUUCCAUUUUUCAUACAUAAAAAUACUCUUCAAUUACCAACUCUAAAUAAAUCUCCUGUUUGCUGCAUUUUUUCUUUACGAGAUAUACAAGAUAGUUCAUAUCAAAUGAAUAUACCAUUGUCUUUAUUUAGUUUAGAUUUGUAUUUAUUCGUUUUUUCUUUAGUCCGGUUUUAAUCUACUGGUCGGAAAGCGUCUACCAUGUACUUAGAGUAGUGCUACGACACUUAAUCUCUUUCAUAUUCUUAGCAAGGAUGGAUUUGUGUCAAUAUCAUUAAGAAUUAGUUUUGAAGAAUGUUGAUGAGUUAAUUUUAAGAAUGAAGUAUAUGGAUUCGAUAUUGUUGUUAGGAUGUUGAGUUGAGAAAAUUUAUACAUGGGCCUCAACAUGACGAAUUAGAAACUUAAUAGUUAUACAAAUAAAUAUUAUUAUUGGGUCAAGAUAUCGAUGUGACAGUUGGCACAUGAAGUGAUUAAAUACUCUUCAUAUUUAUAACAUUUUCGAUAAAUUUUCAUAUAAUUCUACGUAUGAAGUGUAUUACUUUUUUACGUACUACUUUCACAUCUAUAGAUAAUUAUAAACUGGUUAAGUAUGUGAUUUGUAAUAAACUGUUGUGAUAUUCAUAGAUUUCUCGAAUGUAUGGUUUCAGGUAACGCAUUUUUCAAUGAUAAAUGAUAUUUUAAUGAAAGCUAGUCCUUAGUCCAACUAAUAGUUAAGUAUUGAAACUGAAACUAAUUUUAUAUAUAGUAGACGGAAGUUCCAUUAAAUAUCAGAUAUUAAUUAUUGAAAUAUAAAGGAUCUUAAUGAUAGAUGCUUAAUUUCUUCCACUGCAGUUUGUCCAUGGGCUUUUUAUAUUGUUUUCCACCCUAUGUUCCCUUUCAAUUCCUUCUUCGGCCACUGCGCUUUCUAUAUUUCUUUCGUUCCUAUGUAUCAAUCUAAUAUUACCCAGUUAUGAUCCUUCCUUCCAUUAUUUCUGUUGCUACAUUAAUUAUAUUUUCAUUACUUCUAUUUAUGAGUUCAGUUCCCAGACAUCCACUAGAUUUUUCCAGCAAAAUUUUAUCCAGUUCUGAAUCGCUGUCACUUUUAUCACGAGCUACUAAUUCCCAUUAUUUGUACCUACUUUUUAAAUGCUGCUACUAUUAUUUCAUACGCUUAUCCACAGGUAUUUUCCUUGCUUAUUUUCUACAAAUUUCUACACUUUGUCCUUUACUAAGAUCUCUCUAGUUCUUCCCAAUUUGUUUGUCUUAGUUCUACUUUUCAUUAAUUCAUAAUACAGUUAUUUUGUGAUUCUAGCAUUUUUCUAUUCAGGUCUUCAAUUUCUGUAUUCAAAGUCUUUUAUUGUAAAGCCUUAGUCUCUAUGAUUCUUCUCUAAUCUCUAACCUAACCAAAUUAUUCCACCUUUUCUCUGAUAUUAAUUUAAAAUUCUUUCCAUAAUCUUUUUUAUUAUAGUAUUUUUAUUGGCGGAUCUGUUUUAAUUAAUUGAAUUAAGCCAAGAUCUUCAGAUAAUCUAUAAUUGUUAUUCUGUAUUGGACAUUUUUCCUGAAAUUGACCAUUUAAUUUUUAUUGAUUGAAAUAAGUAUAUAUUUCGGUUAUUAAGAUUGCUCCAAAGUUCUUGUUCAUGCAUUUUGGUACUUUCACAUCUUUUGAAGUUUUGAAUGAAGAUUUUCUUCAAUUGAAUAUUUGGAGUACUGAAUUCAGGUCUGCAUUGUGCAACAACUGAUUGUCUAAUAAUUAAUUUAAAGAGGAAAUUGUUUAUUAUUAUUCAUUAUUAUGUAAAUAAAUGUAUAUACUCGCCAGUUGGUGGAACAAGUUACCAUUGUUUACUUUUUAUGUUUUAUGUGCUUUUCUUAUAGUCAGUGAGUUCUCAUUUUUAUUACAUAGUUUAAAAUGGAAUUUACAUAUAUAAUUUUUUGAAAGUAUCCUCAAAUUAAAAUUUUUCUAUAUAGUUUGGUAUGAUUUUUUUCACUUACAUUAUAAUUAUUACUAAAAUUAAAAAUCUUGGUCGUGAAGCUUUGGUACCUUUUGAAAGGCCUAACAUAAGACAGUCCCAAGUUAUCUAAUUUUAAACUAUGUAUAAAAAUUGUUGAAAAUGACACAAAAUAUGCUUUAGGAAUAAAUUUGUUGUUAUUGUGACAAUUUUAUAUAAUUAAAGGUGAAAUGAAGUUGUUGCAUUGUUUCUGUAUUAUAAAGAUUGUUGUAGUUAAAAUAUUUGUUACUAUUUUUUACAUUUUGACACCUUUCUUAUACACUAGCUUGUUUAAUAAAAACUGACACUGUU